GAGAGUGUCAUGCGCAGUAAAGUCCAUGAUGGCAGUAUGGAGAGUGAAGGUUAACCUUAGAUAAAACAUUUGUAUCGUUAAAUCAGUUAAAAUUCUUAUUUAAGUGGACUUAAGUGGGUUUGACAGCAUCGUAUAAAGACGGAGACUCAAAUAGAGACUCGGUCAUGGCCGGUCUGUCGAACUACGCCCUGAGGAUGGCCCGGCUGAGCGCUCAGAUCUUCGGGGAGGUUGUUCGUCCCACAGACUCUAAGUCUAUGAAGGUGGUGAAGUUGUUCUCAGAGCCCCCCAUGGCCCAGAGGAAGGAGGUCUACAACUGGUACCCCCAGCACAAAAUCUACUACGCCAUGACGCAGAAACUACGCUUCAUGGGACUGUUCAGAGACGAGCACGAGGACUUCAAGGAGGAGAUGCGCCGUCUGAGGAAACUGAGAGGAAAAGGGAAACCGAAGAAAGGAGAAGGGAAGAGAGCGACCAAGAAAAAAUGAGCUGCUGCUUCUUCUUCACUACAUGACUUUGUUUGUUUUUUUCUUUAUGGAGACAGAGAUCUUGUGAUGAUGGACAGAGAGAGAGAGAGAGAGAGAACAUCGAUCCUGGAUGUAGACCGUCCAGCUCAUUGGAGUGACAUUAUUCUGUCUCAACUGCUCACUGAACGUUCUUACUUGUUUUUGUUUUGAGGUAAACUCAUCUGUUGUUGCUCAUAGCUGAAGAUAAAGAUAAAAAUGGUGAAACUAAAUUUUGUGACAAAUCUACGGUAAUAUGUGCCACCUACAAGCUGAUUAAAUCAUCAUGGAUUCAUCCUGAGUUUUACUUUUGCAGUUUAUCUAUACGUUUUCUGGGUUUGUCUUAAGAUCCCAGAGAUGCCAGAUUAAAAUCACAGCCCUCCACCCCAAAAAGAAAGGAGGAAAGAAAAGAAACAUCCACCCUUAAAUUAAAGGCUAUGUCACUCAUGUCAUUUUGGUAGAAAACAUGUUUUAUGUUUUGAAAUAAAAAAUGUGUUUGAGGAAA